GCCGGCAACUUGCGAUCGACGCGAUCGAGCUGACACGAGUUACACUGCUGUAUCCUCAAUCUGUCCGCUACCCUGUUUCUUGGACACGUAUCAACUUGUUACCUGUACAACUGCUAGGCUUGUAGCUCUGCAGUCAUGUCGGGAGACGGCCUCCGUCAGAGGAAGAAAGAUGCAAAGGCAAAGAAGACGUCUGGCACGCCUGCUACCAAGUAUCCGGAGAUUAGUUCAAUAAAGUCUUCGAUUUUGUUGUUCAUAGCUAUGUUUACUAUAGGAUUUUUAGCGUUGUAUAGUCCAAAGGUUGCAUGGAGACUCAUUAGCCCUUAUUUUACUCCACAGCCAGUCUGGGAACCAGUACCACCGUCGAGGGGUGUCAGUGCUGUCGACUUUUCAGCGGAUGUACCGAAAAGAGAGGCUACCGUUGAAGCUUUCAAACAUGCUUGGUUGGCGUAUGAGAGGGACGCUAUGGGCGACGAUGAAUACCACCCAAUCAGCCACAAAGGAUCCAACCUUAGUGAAUCAGGAGGAAUAGGAUACACUGUGGUUGACUCUAUUGACACGAUGUUCAUGAUGCAUUUGGAUGAAGAGGCUCAGAGGGCGAGGGAAUGGAUCGCUACGGAGUUGUCUUUUGACCGGGAAGGGAAGUUCAAUACGUUUGAGACCACCAUCCGAGUUCUCGGAGGCCUCCUUUCAGCCUAUCACCUUUCCGGCAAUGAUCCUCUCUAUCUCGAGAAAGCCAAAGACCUAGCGGACCGUAUCCUUCCAGUAUUUGAUACUCCGUCCGGACUCCCAUUAUCUAUGGUCAACCUUGCUCAACGGAAAGGUAUCUCGGAUGUGGAUAAUCGUGGAUUUGUUAGUACGGCGGAGGCUGCGACAUUACAGCUGGAGUUCAAGUAUCUGAGUUUGUUGACUGAUGAAGAAAUCUACUGGGAGAAAGCUGAGAAGGUUAUGGAAGUAAUCAAAGGGUCGCAUCUUACUACUGGCUUGGCGUCCAUAUUCAUGAACCCAGAAGAUGGACGAUUCGUCCUAUCUGCUAUUCGUUUAGGAUCGCGUGGUGAUUCAUACUAUGAAUAUCUUCUCAAGCAAUAUAUUCAGACUAAUCUCAGCGAACCAGUGUACCGCGUUAUGUAUGAUGACGCCAUGAACGGCGUACUGACACAUCUUGUUCAAAAGAGCCAGAAGGCUGGUCUCACUUAUACUUCAGAACUGAUACCGGAACGCAGCAUGGGUGGCGAAAUUUCAUGGCGACUUACGCCGAAGCAAGACCACCUGGUUUGUUUCUUCGGGGGUUCCCUAAUGCUAGGCGCAAUCACAACAGGCUCCGCCACCGGAAAGGUAUCUGUACCACCAAGAGCCGAUGAGCUGACGGAGCAGGGGAAACGAGAUUGGUUGGCUGGCGUCGAACUCAUUGAGACAUGUAUGAGGACACAUGAUACUGCCACUGGCCUUUCUCCUGAGAUCGUUCACUUCAGAAUUCCUAACGAUGGUAUAGACGGUUCUGGAGCGGCGCAAGAUUGGUAUAUCAAAGGUGCACGACCUGGUGAAUUUCCACCGUACGACGCUCGUUAUAUCCUUCGACCGGAAACAGUCGAGUCGCUAUUCAUCGCUUUCCGACUAACGGGGAAUAGGCUAUACCGCGAUUAUGGUUGGGCAAUAUUCGAAAGUAUCCAAAAGUACUGCCGCAUAGAAUCUGGCGGAUAUGCCAGCGUUGUCAACGUUGAUGAGGUCCCUGUAAGACACGAAGACAAGAUGGAAACUUUCUUCAUGAGUGAAACCUUGAAGUAUCUAUAUCUACUAUUCGAGGAUGCGAAUGUGCUACCGCUAUCACAGUAUGUCUUCAACACAGAGGCACAUCCGUUCCCCAUAUUCCACCCCUCCAUCCGGACGGGAUUCUCAUGAGCAAGCUAUACCUCCGCUUGAUUUACUCCACGAUGUCGUGGUCUCUGUACAUUAUGCUCUUUUGGUCAGAACAUAGAUAUACUUCAUUAUCUCUGGCGCUUCGACUACUAAAGCAGGGCCGAAACUUACGCGAAUUUGAGUGAGUACUUAGCGACUAACACUGUUAUCAUAGCAUGGGCAUACGUCAUUGGCAUAUGGGCAUAAGGCAAGAACACGAACUACAUAGAACUGUACUUUGUGGUGAGUGUUCUGAUAAACGUGCUAUCUGUUAGUACACUAUUAAACGAUUAGCUUUGACUUCUAGUGUUAUCCUAUAUAUCUUCCUAAACGUCUCUGGUAUCAAGGUUAAAAGUACAACUUCUUCCAUGUGAUGCAAUCUAUACAAAUAACGAUAACUGAAUUAU